AGGGCACUGCCCCCUAAUGCCCUCCUUAGCAACGGGCCUGUGGCUGGGACUGAGUGUGUAGCUCACACGACACUGUUAAAAAAGAAGAAGUCGAUUUGAAGAAGUGAACGAGUGGAGCAGACCAAACAUUUUCAAAUUCGGAGAGUUAACAACGUACACAUGACUAACAACAUUUAAUUUACAGUCUUUUCAUUUCAUUUGGAGCUGCAGGGUGGGACUUACGCUGAACUGGUUUGGGGAAAAAUCUGCACAUGGCAAUCACAGUGAUGAUUAUGCUCUCGCCACGCGAAGAUGUAAUGGAGUUUACACAAACAGAUGAGCUGCAUGUAGGCAAGAGCAAACAGGGCCGAGGUUCUUUACAAAACACAGAUGAAGGACUGAAAUAUGAUAAUGGGCGUGUAGACUUCAGCUGCAUCCACAGCAAAGAUCUGCUCCCUGCUGAGGAUGGAGAGGAGGCAACUCAACAAUUCCUCCAGGAGCUGGUAAAAAUCGUGCUGGCCUAUAUCAGUAAAUCACUGAAACGCAGCUCCAAAAUUCUGGACUUCCACCAUCCUCAUCAGCUCAAAGAUGGUCUAGAAGGCUUUAAUCUGGAGCUCCCUGACCAUCCAGAUAAUCUGGAACAGCUACUGGUGGAUUGCCGAGACACACUGAAAUAUGGAGUUAAAACAGGUCAUCCAAGAUUCUUCAACCAGCUGUCAACAGGACUUGACAUCAUCGGUUUGGCAGGAGAAUGGUUGACGUCAACAGCAAACACAAACAUGUUUACUUAUGAAAUAGCCCCUGUCUUUAUACUGAUGGAGGAGGUUGUUCUGAGAAAAAUGCAUAAAAUUAUUGGAUGGCCUGAGAAGGACGGCGAUGGCAUCUUUUGUCCAGGAGGAACCAUGUCUAAUCUGUACAGUGUGCUGUUAGCAAGGUUUCAUCACUUCCCAGCAGUGAAGACCCAUGGGAUGCACGCGAUACCCCGCCUGGCAAUGUUCACCUCAGCGCAUAGUCAUUAUUCAAUCAAGAAGUCUGCAUCGACCCUCGGUAUUGGUUCUGAAAAUGUUAUUGACGUCAAAUGUGAUGAAAGGGGGAAAAUGAUCCCAUCAGAACUGAACUCUAGCAUUGAAGCAGCAAAGUCUAAGGGUCUGGUCCCAUUCUACGUCAGUGCAACUGCAGGAACCACCGUCUAUGGUGCCUUUGACCCUCUGAAUGAAAUAGCAGACAUAUGCAAGAAGCAUGGCCUAUGGAUGCAUGUGGAUGCUGCCUGGGGUGGUGGCUUGCUCUUGUCCAGCAAGCAUCGUUUAAAAAUGCAAGGAAUUGAAAGGGCUGAUUCGGUGACCUGGAAUCCACACAAAAUGAUGGGCGUCCCACUGCAAUGCUCAGCUAUUCUGAUCAAGAAGAAGGGUCUCCUGCAGGAAUGCAAUCAGCUGUGUGCUGAGUAUCUCUUCCAACCUGAUAAACAGUAUGACAUGUCCUAUGACACCGGGGACAAAAGCAUUCAGUGUGGAAGGCAUGUUGACAUCUUUAAGCUGUGGCUCAUGUGGAAGGCGAAGGGCUCAGAGGGCUUUGAAGCACAGGUCAACCACUGCUUGGAAAAUGCAGAGUAUCUUUACUACAAACUGAAGAGGAGAACGGAUUUUCAACUUGUCUUUAGAGGAAAACCCGAACACAGCAACGUCUGCUUUUGGUACCUCCCAAAAAGAGUGCAACGGAUGCCUCUUGGUCCGGAGCGAGACAAGGAACUUCAUAUGGUGGCCCCAAAAAUCAAGGCAAAGAUGAUGGAAGAAGGACUUAUAAUGAUUGGCUAUCAGCCACUCGGGGAUAAAGUGAAUUUCUUCCGCUGUGUUUUUUCCAAUCCAGCAACACGGAGGGAGGAUGUGGACUUCCUAUUAGAAGAAAUUCCUCGACUAGGCAGUGAACUUUAACUGCCUUAUAUAUUAUAUUUAUAUAUAUUGGUGUAUGCUUAAAUGUUUGAAAUUACUUCUGUAGACAAAUUUAAUUGGGCCCACAUAUUCAUUUUCGUGGAGGCUUUUGCCAAAAAAGCCAAUGAAAUGACUAAAGUGACAUUUGUGAAAAUAAGGCAUUUUAAUGACCUUUUCAUUGCC